ACCCGAAGAAGACGGACAACAUGGCGGCGUCUGAGAAAGACUCCAAACCGGGGAAACCUCCAAAGAAGGAGUCGCAGCCUUUAAUCGUUGCUAAAACUCCUGCAGAGGAGCAGCGGUUCAAACUGGAGAAAUUAAUGCGCAACCCGGACAAACCGGCACCGAUACCGGAAGGACAGAAAGAAUGGACUCCGCGCGCGCCUCCGGAGUUCGUGCGUGACGUCAUGGGCUCCAGUGCCGGAGCAGGCAGCGGUGAGUUCCACGUCUACAGACACUUGAGGCGGCGCGAGUAUCAGAGACAAGACUUUCUGGACCGGCUGUCUGAAAAGCAAAAGCUCGAUGAAGAGUAUCAGGAGAAAAUGAAGGAAAACCAGCAGGCUGCUGAGGAGAGGACGGCCAAACGCAAGAAGAAGAGGGAGAAGCUCAAACAGAAAAAGCUGAUGGCCAAGAAAGCCAAACAGGAGAGCAAGAACCAAGCAGAGUCUGAAAAGGAGGAAGAAGAGUCCUCGGCAAGUGGGAAGGAUGAGGAUGAGGAGGAAAAGAAAGAACGUGAAGAUGAUGCUGAGGAGCCCAGCUUUGUCAUGGGAAAGAGGUGACUCUUGAAGAAUCUCAAGUCCUGAAUUCCAGUGAAAGUUUCAAACAUCUUCAACAUGGAGCACAGACUUUUAUUUAAUAAAAAAAAAAAAAAGCUUGGGUGGAGUGGACAAGCAGGAGUUGUAUGUAGAAAAAUACUAAAAAUUACUGCACAUCGUAUUUCUUCUCAAGAAUGUUCUUCCCCCCCGAACUGUACAUAUAUUUUUAAUAAACAUCAAAGAAAAAUCA